AUGGCCAACGGACAUAGCCCAUACGCAUCUCCGACCGUGGUCGACCCCUCUCUAGGGCCCUACUAUAGCCAGUCGCAUAACGGUACCACGCACCCUCUACCGCCGCCCGAGAUUGAUGAUGACCUGGCCCUGCGCGCCGAGCUGAGCAGGUCGCUCGGUCUGAAUCACUCAACUCACGAGUCGGCCAACACGUCGCAUCAGCACUCGCCGCAACCCCACGAUGACCUCCACCAACAGAGACAACAGGCACAUCGUGUCCAGCAGCAGCAGCAGCAGCAACACGCCCAGCAAGCUCCACUGCCUUCGCAGUCCCAACUCACCUCGCCCUCGCAACACGCCGUGAACCCCGACCUCUUCUCGGACCACACGAGUCCUCCACCCAGCCAACAUGCUGCCGACAACAAUCGGGACAAGCGGAGCAAGGUCAGUCGCGCGUGCGACGAGUGCCGCCGUAAGAAGAUCCGUUGCGAUGCCCUGAACGAGCAUGAGACAUGCACCAACUGCAAGCGCGGCAACUACACGUGUGCUUUCAGUCGUCAGCCUCUUAAGCGGGGUCCUAGCAAGGGCUAUAUCAAAGAGCUCGCCGAACGCCUGAACGCCCUUGAGGGCCAGAUGCAACCGCAGCAACAUGGACACGUCGACCAGGAACUGCAGUCUUUGCUUGCCGAAGCCGCCUAUGCCACGCGCGAACAUGCUUCACCGCCCUGUCAAGCUGGCCAGAAACGGAGACAUUCACAAACAGAGACGAUAGUCAUCGACCCUCAACCUGUUCUGGCUCCAAGACCCGCUCCACCGCCGCCGCCCACACAACACAUGACCCAGCCUUCUUCCGCUUCAGCCCCUCCACAACCUGUCAAUUCACAACCCUUCUUCAAGUAUGGUGGAGACACGAGGCGUCACGAGAGUGUUAGUACCCCUUUCGACACCCAAGCAGGUGUGCCCACUUUAGUCGAAUGGGAUGAAGAAGUAGUUGACGAGUACUAUCGCACUAUACACCAAACCUUUCCACUACUACCUCACUCGAAACACCGUCUCCGUAUGCGCCUUGCCGAAUGCCCCCUAACACUACGAGAGGCUUUCUUGACCGUCCUCGAGUGCACAAUGCGCACCUUUCCUAGCUUUUCAUCAAAUCUUCGUCCUCAACACACGUACGCUCCUAUGAUGAAGCGAGCUGCCGAGUUACUUGCUGGUUACCCUUUCGAGAAUCCGGCUACGCAUAACAGUGGUACUAAUCUGGUCUACCUGCAAACUCUCUUGUUGAUGGCUCUAGAAUCAGACAACCACGGUCCCGCGACAGUUAGAGGUCAAGCUGGCCCUUCACGAGCAGAGUGGCUGGGAAGAGCUGCUGGAGUCGCAGGACAAUUGGAGAUCAAUCUGGUGCGACCACGCGAACGUUACGCAACCGAAGGCGAUCCGGAUUCCGAAGAAAGACUGUCAAGAAGAGUAUGGUGGGUGUUAUUCAUUCUCGACCGCUGGCACGCUUCCAGCACUUCGGAUCUGCUCAAACUUCCCGAGAACAGUGUAGUGUUGCUCCCCGAAGAUCAAAUCCUACUCGGCGAGUCAACAUACCAUCUAGCGCGCCUCUCCUUCAUUAUAGGCCACCUCGCCGCCAUCCUCACAACCACAAAAACACCAGAAACCAACGUCAUGGCCCCUUCGAACCCAGCCUCUUCACUCCUAGGCUUGACUCUAGCCGGCGAGAUCGACCGCUUCCGCGAGUCGGUAGAAAGUGUCUGGGGCUCGUUGAAUCUAGUCCACUUAUCUUAUCACCACUGCCAUCUCCUCAUCAAACGACUAAACCCCACCACCGAACCUACAGAACUCAUCGGCCAUGCGGUCAAAGUAGCCACAGUGCUGAAUCAACGCCAAACACCCAUCACGCCACUAAACCACCACUUCGCAGCCCUCGCAGCAAUGACUUUGUGCGAACUCGUCGAUAUAGAAAAGACACGCGCCGAAGCCAUCAGAGGACUCGAGCAAAUCUCCGAAGCUUUGGGAUUUGGCCGCGGCUUAGCUGGGCAUGAAAAGUCUACGGGAUGGGAUUCGGCGAUCAGAGAUUUGAUUGUGCAGAAGAGGAAUAAGUUGCAUGCUGGUGAGGGUGGUAGUGGGACAUUGACACCUAGUUCUGCGCAAGGGAAUGUUGCUGCUACCAGCGUGGCUGGGGAGAAUGGGAGACCUGGCAAGUUCGACCCGACCAUGUUGACGAGAUAUGGGUAUCUUACUGCUCUGGGGCAGGGUAUGUUUGUCUCGAAGUGA